AUUGUAGGGGGAGACUUCUUCGUGAAUAACGGAGUAUGGCGACGUAUAACGUGAAUUGUUUUCAAUGUUCAUUCUGCAAGUAGUGGAUUAAAACCGUAGGCUGUCAAAGUAGCAUUAAAAUUAGGUGUUUUUGUCUACUAAUUAAGAAGAUCAACUGCAACAAUGAAUUACAAUCAUUCGAGUGCACGUCGGGGGAGACCUAAAAGAAUACUAGAUCCGUCGGCUGGUUUAUCAACUCCAACGUCUAUACCCCAAAACCCAUACAUGUAUAAUCAACAGGUUCCUAUGAACAACGGUAUGAUGCCAGAAUAUGGAUUUAAUAUCCCGCAACAACAGGCAUCGUCGUAUGGAUUCAGAUCAGUGCCAAUGCAAACUUAUCCAUCUACUGAAACUAUGCCACCUAGUGAACAAUAUUCAACGCCACAAUUUACAACGCAGUUAUUAGCAGAGCCAGUUGUUACAAAUGUGGCUAUGCAAUACGGCAAUGCUUUAAUGGGAUAUGGAAGUCAAACAUUUGAAAAGUAUGUGCCUGUCACAGCUUUGAAAUACUAUUUUGCUGUGGAUACAAACUACGUUCUUACAAAACUGUCUUUGCUGCUCUUCCCAUUUUCUCAGAAAGACUGGUCAGUCAGGUACGAGCAGGACAUACCAUUGCAACCACGCUUUGAGAAAAAUGCUCUGGAUAUGUAUAUUCCAACUAUGGCAUUUGUGACAUACAUAGUUAUAGCUGCAUUAGUAUUAGGGAUUCAGGACCGAUUCACUCCAUUAAGUACAUUAGCUAGUUCUGCUCUCGCGUGGAACAUCGUAGAAAUUGUAGUGCAGUUAAUAAGUCUCUAUGUCAUGCAUCUCGAAACGAGUCUCUCGACAUUAGAUUUGUUGGCUUAUUGUGGCUAUAAAUACGUCGGAAUUAACGCGGCCCUGCUAGCUUCGUUAGUUUUCCGAACAUUCGGUUAUUAUAUGACUUUGCUGUACUGCAGUAUAUCUUUAGCAUUUUUCGUGACACGGUCGUUGAAGUUAAGAGUCCUUCCGAGGAACGACAGUUCGUACACAGCAUCCGGUAAUAAAAGAAGAAUCUAUUUUAUAUUCUUUGUAGCAGGUGCACAACCUGUGUUAAUGUGGUGUUUGUCUCAUAGCAUGAUAUAAUCAUGUAAGGGAACCGGAAAAAUGGUUUUGAAAUACAGGAUACGUAUAUUUAUUUGAUUCUUCAUGUCACCAACGCAUUUUUGUAAUAAACAAUUCUUCAGAAAC